AUGGAUGCUCGCGAGCGUCGUCUGCAGGAGAUGAUCAGCCGAUUUCGGCUCGUGGAGAGUCCAAGACCCCAAAGAAAUGUCGGUAUGCCCCAUGAGCUACAUGCAGCUGCAGAAUCUCACGCAGCUGUGCGAGUUCCGGCGGAUUUGGGUAGAAUUGCAACCAUGGUUUGCAAUGCCCUGGAUCAUACGGAUUCAGUGCGUCGAGUUAUCAAACCGCUGCUGCAAGACUGCCUGUAUCGCGACCACCAGUUCUGCUCACUCAACUCUCUGAGAUAUUUCGCUGGGCUACAUUUGCAGUAUCCUUGUCAGGCGUAUAUUUCCUUGGAAACAUCAUGUCUUAAUCGCAGGAUCCUCCAGUGGAGGCGGUUGGAGAAGAACGGAGUCAUUUUUGACCAGCCCCUCGAUGAAGAUAUAAACCUUUGGCGAGCCAGGAGGAAUAGGAGUAGCGCAUGA